ACCGCGUAAACUACGCUCCGGCCUUCUACUCAAUGGACCUGUGUGUGCUUCUCACCAUCGUCACUCUGUUCGCAUUUGACCUACAGGUGGCACUGCCGGCAAAGGCUCGGAUUAAGGAGCUCGCCAAGAUUUUUAAACGUCCUGAGGCUCUCGUUUACGUCAUAAUCGUCACCAUUUUGGGAACCAUGUGGGGAUUUCUAGAGAGUUUCCUAUUCGUUUUUCUCAAGGGUCUCAACGCUCCACUCUACAUGCUGGGCUUGACCCUGACGGCGGCCGGCCUGGCAUCGCUGCCCUUCAACUGGUGGUCAGACGCCAUUUGCAGGAAGGUCGGCCACAUCAACAUCCUCAUCGCCUCGUUCGCCGGCUACGCCGUGAGAUACAUCGGAUACUCCUUCAUCAGAAACCCCUGGCUGUGCUUCCCGUUCGAGCUGCUGGAGGCGGUCACCACUCAUCUUAUGUGGAAUAGUGCUGCCACCUACGCCGCAUACCUGGCGCCACCUGGACUGCUAGCCACGCUCACUGGAGUGGCGGCAGCGCUCCACUACAGCGUUGGCCGCGGCGUCGGCAGCUUCAUCGGCGGCUAUCUGAUGGCGCUGUCCGGACCGGCCUUCACCUUCCGGACUAUGGGUGUCGCCAGCGGCGUGAGCGGCGUGCUCUACGCCAUCGUUUACUACGGCUGUCUCCGUCAGAGGAUCUCGCAACGAGAGGAGCGUCAACGUGCUGAGGGUGCCACGAACUACGCCGCCUCCGAAGCCAGCUCGCACGAGCUGGCAACAGUCCAGGAGGUUCGCAGUGUCGACGCAGCGUAAUGCCGACAUUGUCCUGUCGGCUCAGCCGACAGCCAUCUCGUCACGAAGUCGUCAUCAGAAUGGAGCCAAACGCCUCGCUCCGGCCAGGCAGCGGCCGAAGCCGACUUCGCGUACGCGUGAAGUCACGUGAUUGCCGACUUCGCGUAUGUGUCGACUCGCGUGAUUGCGUCACAGCGCCCCGGUGGGUUUCUGGUCAUCUAGUGCUUACGUGCUGAUUACUCGGCUCAAAGCGUGUUCAUACCUUAGCGUGCCAGUUACUACCGAAGUCAGUAGAGGAGCAUGGUGAAUGUGACAGCUGGCAAAGAAGAACUUCUGCGGCUAACGGGACAUUAUGGCAUUGCUUUAGCCGUCAUGUUGGCAGCUGGCAUUGCUAUUUUGCGGGUUGGAGCUGACCGGCGCCAGGCGCUGCCUCGUCGCGCGAGUUGGUCUGGAGCGACCCGUGGCGAGGUCGGCCCGCGGAAAAGCAGGGCUGGGAAUCUGUGUCAGGCCAUAAGACGGGUAUGGGGCUCUAUGAUAAUAAAGUGAUA